AUGUCUCCCUCAUUCUUGAAGCUUUUCGCUGCCACUUCUUUGGUUGCUGCCAGUCUCACUGGAGCUGCUCCUCUGGACCAACUUCAAGAGAGAUCGGCUAAGAACCAGACCCAACCUAAGAACAAGGUGAUCUUGGACAAUGACUGGGGCGUCGCUGGAUUCAUUCCCUACCUCAUGGCUCUAGAUGCAGGUUGGGAAGUUCUUGGUCUUGUGUCCGAUACUGCCAAUUCAUGGGCAGAACAAUGUGGAUUGCACGCACUAGCCACUCUCGAGGUUGGCAACCUGUCAUGUAUUCCCGUUCAUAAAGGUGCAGACUAUCCUCUCUUGAACACCCCUGAGCUCUUCCAAACUUGGGAGAUGGUCCAUGGAAAGCUUGCAUGGGAAGGAGCAUUCGCACCUGAGAACCUCACCAACGAAGCAUUGGGAAAUGAUCCCACUUCUGGAGACCCAGGCCGCGUGUCGAAGGCUGCCCUGUACGAAGGCUACCCCAACACCACGUAUGCCUCCAAGGACGCUGCCUGGUUCAUGAUCCAGCAAGUCCGCAAGUACCCUGGCCAGGUUUCGAUUUACUCGGCCGGUGCUUUGACCAACAUUGCUCUGGCUAUCCGCAUGGAUCCCGACUUUGCAAAGAAUGCUAAGGAACUUGUUAUCAUGGGAGGAUACAUCGACGGUAACCUUCUGCAAGUCACUGGAAGUAUCAUGCAAGCCGAUUGGAAUUCUGAUAUCAACUUGAUGAUCGACCCAGAGGGUACCAAGAUUGCGCUCACUGCUCCCUUCCCCAACAUCACUAUCGCUGGCAACGUCGCCAACCAGGUCUCCGUCACCCAGGAGUAUCUUGACGAUAUCUACAAGGUCAAGAACCCCUACUCCUCUUUGAUGCACAAGUACUACGGUACCAUCUUCCCUCUCUGGGAUGAGACUGCCGCUGCAAUUAUGUUGGACCCUACCAUUAUCAAGAACACCACGAGCUUCUAUCUCGAUGUUGAUACUGCUCCUUCCAGCCCAACUUAUGGCAACAUUCACGCUUACCAAGAGGCACUGAAGCCUGUUGCACAGAACCUUCAAAAGGUCAACAUGGUUGUGUCAGUGGACGGAAACAGACUCAAGAAGUGGGUCAAGAGAGCGGUGCAAUACCCCAAGACCUGUGCCGAUCUUUGA